CGUGCGCAGCGGAGCUUGGGAGGUGGUGGGCCAGGCUGUGUGUCCCUCAUCCUCCAAGGCCGGGGCCUCCCUGGCCUGAGAAUUCCGAGGGCAGGCAGAGCUCUGGGCCUUAUAGCCAAGGGGCCACCCUCCCAGCUCCUGUUGGCGCCUGAGGUCAUCGCCAGGGCUAGUUCGAUUCCCUCCCUUAGCUGGCCACUCCUCUUCUCACCUUUCUUAAGACCUGAGGCAUCCAUCCUGCCUCACAUCCUGUCCAGACAGCUCAGGGGAAGGUGAGACCCACUGACUGGACCCUGACCUUCUUUCUGGGCCCCAGAGGCUUCAGCCCCGCCAGGACUCGCCUUUGGCUGUGCUGACACCUGCUUCAUCUCCCCACCUGUGAAGGCCCACAGCAUGCAGUCCAAUGAGAGCAGCGUCCACUACAGCAGGUGGGAUGACAGCAGCCGCGAUGAAGUCAGUAUGGCCGCCAUGUCCGGCACAGAGGAAACCUCAUGCUAUAGGAGGAUCUCCCAGAAGCUGUGCACGGGCAAGUUGGGGAUCGCCAUGAAGGUGCUGGGAGGAGUGGCCUUCUUCUGGAUCACCUAUAUCUUGGGCUACGUCACUGGCUACUAUGUGCACAAGUGUAAAUAAAGCGCCCAACCACA